AUGGCCUAUUGCGCAAUUACUCCUUGUGCGCUACCUCUACAUUCUGAGCUUAAGAUGACUCUAUACACAAACAAGGAGGUGUAUCAUUCUGGACCAGACAAAAACGGAGUAACGACCACAGAGGGGUCAAACAUAAUGGGCAAAACCGAGGUCUACUCGUGGCCUGUAGCCGAUGGGGCAACUCCUGAUGCAAACAUCGUUGGCCAUCUCCAGGGCACUAGUGUUCAAGUAGCAGAUUCUCCCGCCCGGGUGUUUCACUACUCCCUGGGCUUAGUGUUCGAGGAUGAAAGGUUCAAUGGGUCCACACUCCAAAUACAAGGAACUUCCCAAAUCAAUGGUGAGUGGAGCAUUGUUGGAGGGACAGGAGAACUUACUAUGGCAAUGGGUAUUGUCAAACGCACAGCAGUUGUAUGGAAAGACGGUACCAAGAUCUCAGAGCUCAAAAUACAUGCCUAUUUAUUUCGCUGCAGUGAAGCCUACUAG